AUGGGAUGAUAAAAAGGUAACGGGUUUUCCCACAAUGACAUUUUAAAUUCUUGGAAACACUAAUACAAUGCGAUAAAGAAGGAGAACGAUAUGGGAUUCGUUUUAAUAUUUUAGAGAAAGAUGAAAUCAGGUGACUUAAUGAUACAUGUUCCUGGUGUCCUUAAUUAAACUAUCUGUUAUAUAUGUGACCUUCGUAUAAAUCACUGGGAAAUGACAUCAUGAAAAUACAAGAUUCUUCGUUUUCAGACUCCAAAUCAGAAGAAGCUCCUGUGUUAGAAGUCAACUGCAGUCAUGACAACAGUGACCUUGACCCCAGUCAUAUACCUUACUGGAUGAGAACAUUGACACCGGAUAUGAGUUAUUUGUUGAGUGAUAAGAAAUGCAACUCACGACUGUCUACACUUCCGGAGUAUUCAAGUUUACUGCGCGAGUCCGACUCUUCAUCCGAAGACGAUGAAGAGAUAUGGACAGAGAGGUCGCCCAUAAUAAGAGAGGGUGGAAACGAAACGGAAAUAAUAGAGCUGCAUUUGGUGAAGGAAGACGAAGAGAUACACACUGAAAGGAUAAAGAAAGAAGAUCACGUGAUAAAUAUCCCACCGGUCUGGAGGUUUAUACAGGGAAUCCUAAUUGUUCUAAUUAUAGCUCUGGUUAGUUUUCUACUCAUUCGGUUCAUGAAGCGGCCUUGGGAAAACUCAGGACCAGUCGCGCACCACCAUGAUACCAAUGUCACGUGACAACUGCUGACAAGAUGUUCUAUUUUUAGAAGUACAUUCAUUGAUACUGUUUAAAAUGCAUAAUUUACCAAAGACAGUCUUAUGUGGUAUUUGUAAGAAAAGAUUGGAGUAAGCAUAUCUCUGUUUUGUAAAGAGAAAACUCGUGCUAUGAAAUAAAUAUUAUGAAUAUUCAUGUAUGUUAAUUCAUACGUCAAUCAGCAUGCAUAUAAGCUCCUUGAUAAAUGUAAUUUAGAUAUUUUGCUCUGUAUUUGGCGAAUGUUUAAAUCAAACGUUAGAGGUGUUGGUGCAAUAAAAACAGUAAGUUUUUAGUUAAUUUGAUAGUUAAAGCUUGCUAUAUUGAAAUACAGCCAAACUUCAUAAUCUCGAAGUAAAGAUUAAUUUCCAACAGUAAAAAAAUAUAUAAAAUAUACUCAGUUACUUCGAAUACUUGGGAUAUCUCGAAUUCUGUCUACAUCCCACCUGAAUUCUACAUAACGAGAUUCGACUCUAUGUCAUUGAAAGUUAAUAAUUGUUUUAAAGACAUAUUCCCAAAGGUUUUCUGUCUCUGUUGCUAGUCUUUUCAUUUAUAACGAUUCAGUGCUCUUCACUCAUUUACACAACAAAAUUUUGAAUUGUUGUUUUAAGCUGAUAAUGUAUUCAAAUGUUUUAAAUAUAGAAUUCAUAGCACAAACUAAAAGAGGCUAAUCCAAAGUAUGUAGAUGAGCAAAAUGACAUUAAAUCUCCGUCACAGUAUUAAUGUUUGUCGAGAUAAGGGUAAGCAGAAGAGGGAUUUCUUAAUUAUUGCAAACAUUAUAAGGUUACCGUGCUGUUCAAAUACUAAAUUGGAUAAAUGCCCAUUAAUUCCAACGAUGUGCGUAAAAGUAAGGUAUUUCUAUUGUAUUUGUACGAACAGACACAACUGAUCGUAUCGUUCUGACUGUGUGAACAUUGUAUAUCACUGGUGCCUAAACAUUUUAACUGCCACUCGUGUGAACAGGUGUUAUUUGUUGUGUACCGACACUACGUCAUGAUGUAUGUGAAUGUGCAAACUUAUUUUUCUUGAAAUUGUUGUAUCUAGACUUUCGAAGUUGCCUAAGUUUUUGCUGAAAUUUAACUGUAUAGAACGUUUCCCCGAAGAUCUGCCGAGUAACACGUGUUUGUAAAACAUUUCGCCAAAGAACGGUCGAGUAGCGCUUAUUUGUAAAAUGGGAAAACGGGAGUCUGUUAUGUAGAACUUUUCUCCAAAGACCCGUUGAGUAACACGUAUUUGAAAAGGUGGGCUUAUUCCAUAAAGGAUAUAUUUACGUAUCUCAACCUGCCUGUGGACUGUAAUAUGUAGCUUUCAAACCAUAAUUUAGUUUUACAUUAUUUCAUUUUCUAGUCACAUCAAUUUUAUCUACCAUGAAUAUAAUUGUCUAGUUUCAUCGCUGUUGAUAUUUUUUACGUUUCAUAUAAAUAUUCUAUAAAAAUUAUCUUAGCAUUGCCCUGCUGAUUACAUUGUUUGGUUGUUAUGGAAAUUGGUUCCAAACAUGUGAUUGGAUGUAAAUUCUAUGAUUAUUUUUGUGUUACCAUUGACACCGAUAAUAUUGUUUGAAUAAUUUUUGUAAUAGCGUCAGAGGUGUCGUCAAUACAUAGGCAUAAGGCUCAUCUGUCAAUACCCUCGAUAAAUUUAAGGAUUGAAUGUCACUUUGGUCGAUUUCAUGGGGGUGAUCUUGAGACAAAUUUAAUGCGGUUCGUGAUCAAUUUGUCUCGAGGGCAACUAAAUUCAAAAUUCAUCACCCCAUGAAAUCGACCAAAACAACUUCCAAUCCUGAAUUUAGUGUAUUUACAGACGAGUCUUAUUCCAAUGGUCAAUUAUCAUGAUACAUCGGUGUAUUUACAGUAACGACAUACACAAUGAUCACGUGAUGCUCAGCUGUUUGUGCGUGGGCAUACUAAUGGAAGUUUCAUUUCAUCUCUUCAGUUGUUCUGUUUACGUUAUGUUUUAUUAUUAAAUUAUGAUGUCCUGAU